AUUUAGAGGCCCCUCGACCGACAUACAGAGGUCGGACCGCUCUGCUCCCUCGAUAUAUAGAGUGCAUUUGAAAGUAGAAACGAAAGUGGGAAUUGGUUUGAACAAGAAAUCAGAGCAAGAAUGUGGAUUUUUGGGAGAAAAAGCCCAUCUGGGUUCUCAGCCUCUUCUACUGCUGAGGAAGUUACCCAAGGAAUUGAUGGUACUGGCCUCACUGCUAUAGUUACAGGUGCAUCAAGCGGUAUUGGCACAGAGACUACACGCGUCCUCGCCUUGCGUGGUGUUCAUGUAGUUAUGGCAGUUAGAAAUACAGAUAAGGGUGGAAAAGUCAGAGAAGCUAUACUAAAGGAAAACCCCAGUGCUACAAUCGACGUUAUGGAAUUAGAUCUCAGCUCAAUGGCAUCUGUUAGGAAAUUUGCUUCAGAAUAUACGUGCUCGGGCCUUCCUUUGAACAUCCUUAUUAACAAUGCAGGGGCCAUGGUUCCUUUCAUGCUCACACAAGACAACAUAGAAAUGCAGUUUGGAACUAACCAUAUAGGUCAUUUUCUAUUGACAAAUCUUUUGUUGGAGACCAUGAAAAGUACGGCACUUGAAAGCCAGAGAGAAGGAAGGAUUGUUAAUGUGUCAUCAUUGGCUCAUCGGCUUCCAUACCGUGAAGGAAUUCGUUUUGAAAAAAUCAAUGACGAAUCUAGUUACCGGAUGUGGUUAGCUUAUGGACAAUCAAAGCUCGCUAACAUAUUGCAUGCUAAUGAGCUGGCCAAGCGCUUGAAGGAACAAGGGGUCAAGAUAACUUCUAAUUCACUUCAUCCUGGAACCAUUGCAACCAACUUUCUGCAUCAACGUACCAUUCUCAGCUGUUUGGUGAAGACGAUUGCUGAAUACAUGGGGAAAAAUCUUCAACAGGGAACAGCAACCACAUGCUACGUGGUAUUGCAUCCGCAAGUUAAAGGGGUUAGCGGAGAGUUUUUUUCUGACUGUAAUAUAGCAAAACAGAGUGCUUUGGCUAAAGAUGAAGAAUUAGCAAAGAAAUUAUGGGAUUUCAGCUUGAGCUUGACGAAUACCAAGUGAAGCCUGUUGCUGAAUUGAUUGCUACCCUGCUUUUGUGAGGUUUUUCAUAAUUUUCUUUAUGAAACCCGUUUGUAUCACAUUUAAUAUCUGGAAUUCUUGUAUUAUAUAGUUUGUGUGUAGAUUGUCGUUUGUUUGUAAAGGCAGCUUAUGAAUAAAAAUUCCUGAAUUGUUGUCUUCACCUAAUCUUAUUGAGGCAGUCUAGUUAUUCUCAUA